AAUAUUUAAUAAUUUGAAAUUUUAAUUUAAAAAAUAAAGUAAAUAAGGUAAAUAAAUAAUAUCUUUGUUUAAUAAUAUUUAUAGCAAAAAUUAGGAAACAACGGCCUAAUUCAGAUGUAAAUGUAUGGCUACUAAAAUGUAUAUAAUCCUUAUAUGAGCAACAGUUAAUAGCAAUAUGGAUAUCCUUAAAAUAUGAAUCCAUAUAAUAACCCACAAUAUAUGACUGAACAGUAGUAUCAAAAUUAAAAUUAGAUGAAUUAUUUAGCAAAUGGUGUAUACAAUAAUAAUAUGAAUAGAAGUGUUUAAUAGAUCCCAAAUUAAAAUAUAUUUUAAUCUAAUAAUUAAAAUGUAAUGAACAGCAAUCCCAUAAAUCCUAUAGUUGCAAGUAGAAUGAAUAGGUAAACAAGUAAUCCAGUAGGAGGCAGUGGAAAUUAAAACAACUAAAUGAAUAGAAAUAUGUACGCAAGCUACAAUAAUGCUAAUCCUAUUUUCAACUAAAAUUAAGUGAAUAAUAACAACAUGUACUACAAUAAUAGUAAUUAAACUGCAAAUUUUGGAUAAAAUACUUAAGGUUAUUACAACAAUUAGAACAUAAACAAUCAAAGUAUCUUUAAUGGUAAUAAUAAUACUUAAAGAAAUUUUAACAAUCAAAAUUAAAGCAUUUUUAAUAAUAAUAACAACAACACAAAUAAUAAUUUGAAUAUUUUUAGCAAUAGUAACAAUAAUCAAAAUGUCUUCAACAAUACGAACAAUAGCCAAAAUAUCUUUAAAAACAACAAUAAUAACAAUAAUUAAAGUAAUUUUAACAAUAACAACUCAAGUAUAUUUAAUAAUAACAAUAAUGGCAACAACUAAAAUAUAUUUAGCAAAAACAAUAAUAAUAAUUAAAGUAUUUUUAAUAACAACAAUAAUAAUAAUAACAAUAAUAUUUUUAAAUCUAGUAAUAAUAAUUAGAAUAUUUUUAGCAGUAAUAACAAUAACAACAACAACUCAAGUAUUUUUAAUAAUACAAAUUAAAGUAUAUUAAAUAAUAAUUCAAGUAUUUUUAAUAAUAGCAAUAAUUAAAGUAUUUUUAAUAAUAGUAUGAAUAACAACUUAAAUGUAAAUAGAUCAAACAAUUAGAGUAUAUUUAAUAACAACAACAAUAAUAAUACUAUCUAAAAUGUAUUUAACUAGCCAAAUAGCAUCUUAAAUUAACCAAAUUAAACUUAGAGUAUAUUUGGUAAUGCACCUAAUCUAUUGGAAGUUAUAAAUUACAUGCCCCCAACAAGCAUUUUUGAUACUUAAAAUUCACUUCUUAAAUAUACUCCGAAGAUUAGAUUGGCCAAUAUGAGUCCAUUUAGGACAAAUAAUUAACCUUAUUAUGGUUAGGGGAAUAAUCUAAUCCCAUAAUUUAAUAAUAAGCUAGUACUACCUCCACCAAAGAGACUACAAGUUAAGAGAGUCGCUAAUACAUUUAUAGAUUAAAAAGGAGAUUUGACUUAAGAUUAGAAAUAAUUUUUAAAUGAUAGACUUAUUCGACCAUAAAGUACCAAAAGUUUCUUUUCUGAAAAAAAACCUACAGGAAUACUCAAGAAUUCAAAUAUGAUUAUUAAUCUAAGAAGAAAUAGUGAGGAUUUACAGUAAAGUAAUAGUGGGAAUGCAGCAGAACAAAAGAGCAUUCAUAAUUUAAAUAAUAGCCUGCUAAAUAUGGAAGAUGAAAAAAAGAAAAAAUAAUAAAUCAAGGAGUUAUUUCCUGGUUUGUAUAAUUAAAACAGAUUAUGGAAUGAUUUAAAAAGAUAGAGUUUGAAUAAGUAAGAAUAAAACGUUAAAAAGAAAUACCAAUUUCUCUAUGAAAUGGAGUAAGAUCCAAAUAGUGAAUUUUACUUACCUAGAAGAAAAGCUUUAAUGGAAGAAUAGAUGAGACAGAGAGGGAUUUAGUUAUAGUAAGAAGCUUAAGAAAAUGGCAAUCAUCCUUUUGAUAAAGAUCGUAAACAUAUUGAAGAGUUUGAAACAGAAGAAGAAGUUGAAUAAGAGAGACAAUUUUAUAGGGAAUAUCUAGAUUCUCAUAAUGAGGGCCUUAUGGAUUUAAACAUUUUAGCUAAGUGUACAAAAAAGCUACUCGAUUUGGAGAAAUGGAAAGAAGAACUUGCAAAAUAAAGAAAAUAUGAAAAGUUUGGAUUUGGACUUUUCAAAUAUGAAAUGAAGAGAGAGUUUGCUUUUGUGUCUGUUAUUUGCCAUGUGACUAAUAUCUCCACACAAAAAAGUGAAGAAAUUGAUUAAUUAUAAAAGGUUUAAUUUAAGUUAACAGACACUAUUUAAUAAAUUAUUUCUGACCACUAUUAAAAACACAUUUUAAAAAGUGGAUUGAUUUGGCAUAGAGAUUAUGAUGAACUUAUAGGUAAAAAUGCUACAUAUAUUGACACUGAUGGGAAAAUAGUGGCUUUGACACCUAUUGAAAAAUCGCUCAAGGACUUUAAAGUAACUAAUAAAGGUAAAAUAAUUAUAGAAAUUUUUGUUAGUGAGGCGCCUGUACUAAAGAAUGAUAAGUAUAAAUGCUCACCUUCUGUAUAUGAAAUGAGACAUUGGCCAAUAGAAGAAUUAUAAAGUGUCAACUAGUUUAUUAUUUAGAACCAAUACGGGAAAAUAGAAUUUGAAAAUCCAGUAGAGAUAACUAGACAGGAUCUAGAUAAAAUAGUUAUAAUAGAAUAACAAAGGGCUAUUGUUUAUCCUGAGCACUUAUAUUCUGGUAAAUGCCCUAAGGUUGGAUGUAAAUUAAACUAACAGGCUGUUGUAACAUUGUAUUGCAUUGAUAAAAAAGCAUUUGAGGAACACAGAUAAAAAACUAUUGACUAUGAGAAAUUGGAAAGAAAACUUAAAAAACAGUGUGAAAAGAACAAAUGUGAGUAUGUAAAUUUUGAUAGAAAAAAAUUCUGGUUCAGUUUUAGAGUAUUUGACUGGAGUUGUUGA